AGAAAAGAGGAGGAUGCAGACAAGAAUGUUGUUUAAAGCGAUCCAAGACGGCGUCGUGAAGAAACUGAUGGAGAAAGACGAGGAGAUUCAAAAAAUAGGGAAACUGAACUGGGUUCUUCAAGAAAGGGUUAAAAGCCUGUGUUUAGAGAACCAACUACGGUGGGACUUGGCGCAGACGAAUGAAGCCACGGCCAAUUCUCUACGCACCGAUUUAGAACAAGUCUUGGCUCACGUCGACGAGGAACGAAACACCAACCACGGAAGCGUGGCAGAUUUGGUUGAUGAUGCGGAGUCAAGCCGCGGAAGCUGCGAUGAAGGGUGGCGCAACGUGGUGGUGGUGCCGCAACAAAAAUCAUGGGAGGCGAUGGUCGAGGAUUGUAAAAUGAAGUGCAGAAAGUGUGGGGAGAAGGAGUCCAGUGUGUUGUUGCUUCCAUGCAGGCACUUUGCUUCUGUGCAACGUGUGGGUCCACUCUGGUAGGCACUUGCCCUGUUCUGUUUUGAUUGGUUAUAAUUUGGCUAAUUAGGGUGUUGAAUGUUUUAAUGAGA